AAGCCCGGGCGGGACCGCCGCGGAGCGGAGCGGGCGCUGGCAACGGCGGUUGAGACUGAAGGAGGCCACCUCCCCAAGCAGCCAUGGCCCCCACACUUGCCACGGCCCACCGCCGGCGCUGGUGGAUGGCGUUCACAGCCAUCAUCGAGAACCUGCUCUUCUCUGCUGUCCUGCUGGGCUGGGGGUCCCUCCUCAUCAUGCUGAAGGCAGAAGGGUUUUAUUCCUACCUGUGCUAUGGGCAAGAGGACACCAACAACAGCUCUGAACACGAGAACAGCACAGCUUCAGAGCACAAGUGGCCUUCCUGCAACGCCCAGGAUGAAAUGCUGAACUUGGCCUUCACCAUCGGGUCCUUCCUGCUCAGUGCCAUCACGCUGCCCUUGGGAAUUGUCAUGGACAAGUACGGCCCUCGCAAGCUGCGGCUGCUUGGCAGUGCCUGCUUUGCUGUGUCCUGUGUGCUGAUCGCGUACGGUGCCAGUAACCCAGACUCUCUGUCUGUGCUGAUAUUCAUUGCACUGGCUCUGAAUGGCUUUGGUGGGAUGUGCAUGACCUUCACAUCGCUCACGCUGCCCAACAUGUUUGGUGACCUUCGUUCCACGUUCAUUGCUCUGAUGAUUGGCUCCUAUGCUUCCUCUGCUGUGACUUUUCCAGGAAUCAAGGUUAUAUAUGACUUUGGGGUCUCCUUCAUCCUUAUUCUACUUGUCUGGGCAAGCUGUGCAGGACUUGUUUUCCUCAACUGUUUCUUCAACUGGCCCCUGGAGCCUUUCCCAGGACCAGAAGACAUGGACUAUUCGGUGAAAAUAAAGUUCAGCUGGCUGGGAUUUGACCACAAGAUCACCGGGAAGCAGUUUUACAAGCAAGUGACGACUGUGGGGCGCCGUCUCAGCGUGGGGAGCUCCAUGAAGGGCCCCAAGGAGCCGGCAGCCUUGCAAGAGAACAACAAGCUCUGCCUGUCUACAGUGGACCUGGAAGUGAAGUGCCAGCCUGACAGUGCAGCUUCUCCCUCCUUCAUGAAGAGUGUCUUCAGCCCUAUCUUGUUGCUCAGCCUUAUCACCAUGUGUGUCACUCAGCUGCGGCUCAUCUUCUACAUGGGAGCCAUGAACACCAUCCUCGAGUUUCUGUCUGGAGACCCAAAUCAAGUGGCUCUCUACACUUCCAUUUUUGGGGUAUUGCAACUACUGUGCUUGCUGACAGCGCCUGUGAUUGGGUGCAUCAUGGAUUGGAGAAUGAAAGAAUGUGAUGAUGGCUCAGAAGAGAAUGAGGAGAGCAACGCUGAGCAAAGUGACAAGAAAAAGAAAAAACGUGAUCGUCAGAUCCAGAAAAUCACCAAUGCCACCAAUGCCUUUGUAUUCACGAAUUUCCUGCUGGUUGGAUUUGGAAUCACCUGUCUUAUUCCUAACCUACCGUUGCAGAUUCUUUCCUUCAUUUUGCACACAAUUGUGAGAGGAUUCAUCCACUCAGCUGUGGGAGGCCUUUAUGCUGCUGUAUACCCCUCUACUCAGUUUGGCAGCUUGACAGGGUUGCAGUCGUUGAUCAGUGCCCUAUUCGCCCUUCUGCAGCAGCCUCUCUUCAUGGCACUGACAGGACCUUUGAAAGGAGACCCCCUCUGGGUGAAUGUUGGCUUGCUUGGCAUGAGCCUCCUGGGUUUCUGCCUUCCAAUCUACCUGGUCUGCUACAGACGCAGGCUAGAGAGAGAAAAAAAGCAGAAGAUGGAAGAUGCCAAACUUUUCUUCAAAAUCAAUGGCACUCCCACUGAGGAAGCCUUUGUUUAAACUGGUGCUUCACAUACAACCUCCCCUGUACAGGUUCCUACCACAUCCGUGGGUUCUACCUGUGGUGUAAGCCAGGAUUUUCCUCCCCUGGCUCUGCCAGUCUUUGCUCACCACUGGAGUGAGGGCCGGACAUCAUGACUGAGAUUUCCUCAGAUAUAUGGCAGGAGGAGACUUCCUACUCCUUACUCCAAAACACGGGACACUUUUUCUUUUUUUAAAGGCCACACAGAUAUUGUGUCUUAAACUAUCCCCUGAUCACACUCUCUCCAGCAGCAGAGAGUUUGCAUAGGAGAUUGGGGAGAGAAGGAAUAGAGGGAUGGGAGAAGAGGGAAGACAGACCAUAGUUUGAGUUUGCAAAUGUAACGCAGUGAAGUCUGUUUUCUCCCCUUCUUCCCCAGCCUUGGCUGACAGUCUCAGAUGCAAGCUGCACUCUCCUCCCUUCCUGAGGCUUCAUAAUGGUCUUUCUGCUUGAUGUGUAGCUGGACCCAGUGGUUUUACUGUCUAUCCAGACAUACCCUAGACUGUUUCUGAGGCAGGGAAGGGGAUUUUAUUCCUAUGUGUAUGAGCACAGCUUCACUGUGUUGCUAAAUGUUGGCUGCUAGCACUGACAGCUCCCAAACCUUUUAUUACUGCAAACGACACAGACUGUGAGUAAUGGAUCUGCCUUCCAUAAAGAAAUGAAGAGCCUAUAGUGGACUGCUGGUCCUAGACCAAGCCUUCAGAGGCCUGGAAUUCUUCCUCUUCCCGGUUCACAAACCACCUGUAUGUGUUUUAAACUGUCUGCAGUCCUGGAACCCUUGAGAUAGGAAUUGGAUCUUGUUUACAGAUGAAGUGCUUUUGAGACUUGUUGCCUUUUGCCUCUUCUUCCCUUCGACAUGACCCUGGGAGGGGAGCAGCAAUGUGUAUUUAGUAAAGCGGAGAAACUUCUUGAAGCUGAGUUCUGGGGCUCCAGAUACCUUGGUGUUCACAUGCUGUGAGCUGGUGAAAAGAAUCAAGAAUGCAGAACACUCCUUUGUGUCUGGUAACUGGAUCCUGUGGACAGGGCAGGGUGAUGUGGUGAUGUAAUUUUUCCUUUAGCCAUAGCUUAUUUACAUUGCUCUGACAAUAGUCACCAGGUUAGUGUGACUGACCAAAAUGCUGCCAGUUUGGCUGUACUAGGAGCCUUUUUGAUGCUCUGUCUGGACAGAGCACACGGUGAUUGAUUGUAUGGUGAAGCUGACUGUCAGAGCAAUAUGCAUGGGUAAAGGUGCCCCAGGCCUGUUCACUAGGGAGGGAAUACAAAGGGAAUUUUUAACCUGCUUAUUUUUAUAGAGGUCUUGUCUAAAGCAGACUUUUCUGCCCUUAACCUCCUUGCUGAGGUCAGUAGCUCAGGCCCUGUAGCCUUGUGACUUUUGUUAACACUGUUGGACCUGCUCGGAGCAGGGCUGUGCAGGGGUGAGGAUGAGCAUCCCCAGCAGGUGCACUGAGCUGAGCUGGUGGCUGCAGAAAGGUUGGGGCAGAAACAAAACAAUUAUGAGUGGUAGUGGAUCAAGGGUUGGACUUGAUGAUCUCGGAGGUCCCUUCCAACCCAGCUGAUUCUAUGAUUCUAUGAAGAUGUGGUGGUGUUUUACUGCAAAGCCUGGCAGGGGGUAAGUCAUUCAACUUCUCUGCUGGUUGGAAAAGUACAAGACUCAAUCACUGUUGGCGCCAAGCGGAGGAUUAGAAACAACACCACGCUCAGACCUUCCUGAGAGAAAUUACCUGGAAACCGGGCGUUAACUCCUUGUCUGACGGUUCAAAGCCUGCAGAUGCUCAGCCCAGCCAGGGCUUCACCUUUCCUAAAGAGCAAGCGUGCACAGAGCCUGGGCAGGAGGGCUGGAGCCCUGCGGGUCCUUUGCCAGCGCAGGAUGACGCGGCAGCUCCGUGGGACGGCAGCGCCAUCUCGAGUCACUGCUCCCGCGAGCAGUUCCGAUGCUGCUCCACGGUACCUGUCAGUCUUCAGCCACUCCUUUCAAAAGGACUUGCCACUUGAGCAUUUGACACAUUUGUGAAUUUUUUUUUUUUCUUAAUGUGUUGCCUUUAUUAAAUGUGUUUUGUUCCAAGACAGCCUUAUUGCCUGCUGUCAACACUUUACUCUUCUGGAACUUUUUGUCUUUUGGUGUUGAUUCAGUGACCUUCCCAGCUUUUCUUUCUUUUGUGUCGAGCAAUAAUUAAGGAGGCAGAGUUUUGGUUAAUUUUCCUGUUCACCUGGCAUAUAUGUUCAGAGACCCACCUGCCUAGGUUUCCAGAGGGCUUUCUGCAGGUUUCUGCAUUUAAUAUUACAAUACUUCUAAAUAUUUUGAGAAGAGUUCUACUCUUGCUCCAAGAUAUUUGUGACACGAGAAUGACAGAUUAAGUACCUUUUUUUGGGAAUAGCUCAGACAGGUGAAUGUCUGAGCCACCAUCCACAGUCUCAGUGUCCUAAAGCAGAGAAGCUGCUGGAGGGUGUCAGUGUGCUAACUCAGCAUUACUUCCACCUCUGAUUCAGAACAUUGAAUGUGAUUGCUUCCACUCUUAUGUCACUUGAAUUCCUGUUAUAAAUGUCUCUGCAAAAUAGUGGAAUAUAGAGUGGCAUAUUUUCAUGAAGUCACAGUGGAGUUGCUGCUGCCUUUUAGUUUAGCUGCACAUACUUCAAAGAACACCCCUUUAUUUCUGCCAUCUACCUCCCUACUGCAGUUCCCAGUCCCUGCCCUUUAUUAGGAAUACCUUCUAAUCCAGUUUCAUUUGAAAAAAUGGUGGAUAUGUGACUUUCAGUGUCUCUGCUGAUGUGGCAUGGUGUUUAGAAGCUGCUGGUCAGCUGUGAGGAGCAGAGCUCAUGCCUUGGAGUUGCAGUCCUGGUGGGUACACAGGGGAGUUUUAGCUAUUCAGAGUUGAACAGACAAGUGGUGUCACCUUCUCAGGCCAUGCAACAAACUGUGGGAGUCAUUGCUACAGAAUGUAGUGGGGAACAGAAGUAUAAAUUCUUUUUUUUUAAAGGGGCUGGUUAAACAAUGCUCUGCAUCCACUAACUCAGGGAGAUUUUAAGUUGCUGUAAAUAAGAAAGUUGUGCCAAGGAAAGAUUAUUGUUCUGUCUACAUAUUCUGUCUUUUAAGAAUUGGUCACAGAUGAAGAAAACAUGCUGGGCUAAGGUAAAACACUGGUCUGACACUAGUGGGGUUUAAUUUAUUGUGGCAGUUGUGAACCAAACUAAUUUUAAAGCAAUCUCAAAUAUAUCUGCAUGCAAGAUGUGCAAAUACUCUACUGAUUGUGGUGUAACUGCUUCAGUCCUGCACCUCCUGCAGCAAUGGGCCCUUGGAGGACAAUAUUCUGCCUUCAGCCUCUUUAAAUGUUGUCAUGCACAGUGCAGAAACAAACACUGUCAGGGUGGUCCUGUCACACGUGGUGGAUCAGGGUCAGUUUGCCUCGUUUUUUUGAGGCUCAGGGAAAUGUAGUUGUGGAUUAUGUAUGUUUGGAGUGGAAAACAGCACUGCUGCCUUCUAGCUGAGAGAUGAAGGAUCAAGAAAAGUUCCUGGUGCACUCUCUGUGUGCAUGAGCCACCUUGUGGGAAAAAUAAAUGGGCUACCAAAGGCUGGAGAGCCACAGUAAUUUGAAUCAAUAAUGUGUUUACCUUUACAAUUCAAGUAUAGGUCAAUGUGUUUAACUACUUUCAUAAUUCCUAAAUUAUGAAUUUGUAGGUCUUGGGGUUUUUUUAUGCCCCUUGUACCCCCCUUAACCCUCAUUCACAUGAGAAGUGCAAGGAGGGUGGUCAUGGGAAAGACCUCCCAGUGGAAUGUAAUGAAGCAGAAACCUCAUCUGUGAGUACUUGCUGUUUGUAGGGGCCCUCAGAGUCAAGAGUGUUGCUGUGUAAAGGUGAUUGCACCUUCUGAAGACGCUGCUUCUGACCUCUGCAGACUCACAUGCAUGUAAUGUGCAUCCAUGCUAAAAAAAUACAUAUAAAAAAUUAAAUUCACAGAGUGGGGAAUGGAGGAUGACAGCUUUUGGCUUUCACUAAUCUGUCAGUGCCUAAGCCCUGUUGACAGUCUUUAUAGCACUAAUGCAAUGACACUGUGUCAAAAGUAGCAGAGAAAAUCUGUGCUGUUCUGCUUUAAUAGGACACUUACACUAUGACAGUAACUGCAUAAAGCUAUAUCUGGAUCCUUGAGAUGAAACUGGACACAGAUGUAUGCAAAAAAAAAAAAAAAGAGCAAAUCUUGCUGAGGCUCCAACUUAACUGCAGUGCUGCUACAGCAACUCAAAUGUUCAACUCCCACAGCAAAGCCUGGUCUUUUCAUGCUCCAUCUACGAAGGAAAAUUGCGGGAUAAUGAGAUUGUAACUAAGUCAGUAAAUCACUAAAAUGUUUUCUAGUAGGAGAUUUCCCUCCUGCCAUGCUGAUGAAUUUGGAAAAUAUGCUACAAAAUCUGAAGCAGAUAGCAUAGGGUAAAAAAGAAAUCUUAAAACUACAGAUUUUGUUACUUUUUUUCCCCCCUUUUGAGUCUUUUCUGCAUCUGCAGAGCUUUUGGUAUUCCCUAUGCCCCAAUUUAGAACUGCAAAGUACUUCUUUUCUAGAUAAUGGAAAUGAGUAUUACAGUAGGAUUCCUGAUGGGAAGGGACUGGUUUUGGUUGUUGGGGGUUUUUUUCUUCUUUUUUUUUUUUUUUUUUUAAUUUAAAGAAAAAGCCACUUCUGAUUUAUAAUUCACAAGGUUAUCUUCUCUGGAGUAGCUGAAACAAUGAUGUGUUAUGUAGCUGCAUUUUUACAUGUUAAUUAUAAACCCCCGCAGCUCCUUGUUUUUCUGCCUGUGCUGCCAGCCUGUCUCUGUGCAAUCUGUUUUUAUCAGGUGUCCUCUACUCCACGUUGUCACCCUACUGCUGCCUGUCACUUCCUUGUGCCUGACCCUUUGUCACUCACUUUUUAUUCUGGAGACAAUCCCUUCUUUCAGAAAACCCCCUCUUUAACCCAAGAGCAUUACCUCUCCCACCUUUUGCUGUCCACAGAAUUUUUUGUGGUGUUUGUCAAAGUUGAAUUGUAAGCUCCUCGGGGCAGGCCUGUGUCAUCUUCUCUGUGUUUGUAAGGUGAUGUGCACUCUUGCAGUACUAUCUCAAAAUAAAGUGAUAUUAAGUUAA